GUGGACGCGGAAGUAGCCGGUGAUCGCUGUGACUCUUUGGAAAGAUGAACGGCCGGAGAGAAGGCCGGGGAGGAGGGAGAGGAGCGGGCAGAGCGGCACCGCUCAAGGGGGCACCCUUUCUCCUGGGUUUUCCUGAAGAUGGCGACUCUGACGAUGAUACAGGUCUGGAAGCCGAGCUGCUGGCCAUCACAGGAGGGAACAAAGCGGCCAACAACCAAAAACCCAAAGGAAAGACUCCUCUCCCCAUGGAACACAUCGAACGGAUGGCAGCUCUCUGCAUGCAGGAUGUCGAUGAGAAUGUUGAUGAAGAUGUGGAAGACGAUGAAGAUUUGAUGGCAGAACUGGAGGAAGUCUUGGGAGAGGAAAAAGAGGAACCCCAGAUUAUAUCGCCUCCUACAAAGACCACUUCUUCUUCAGCAGGCGGUAUAGAGGCUACUUUGAUGGAGCGCCUGGUCAUGUACAAGGAAGCUAUGGGCAAUGCCAAGCAAGCAGGGGAAGGGACCAAAGCGCGGCGAUAUGAGAGAGGGGUUAAGACCUUAGAGGAUUUGCUGCGUACUGCUAAAAAAGGUGGAUCAAUUUCAUCUGAUGACAUCCCUCCUCCCGUGGCUGUGGGAAAGAGCGCCGGUUUGCCUACAGCUCCACCUACUGCUGUGGUUGUACCAGAUCUUCCUGUAAAACCCAGCCCCCCUGCAAAUGUUGUACCCCCUCAACCACCAUUAGCCAGAGCGCCUCCCCCGGUACCUGUCAAACCACAGAGUCUCCCACAGCCUGUGACCUUGUCUUUACCAGUGACAUCGUCCAAACCAGUCACUCCCAACAGCACAUUCGGAACCUCAUCAACACCAGCCACUCCUAGUCCAGUAGCGGAUGGAAACAAAGCCCGGGUUCUGGAGCGUCAGAGACUGUAUAAACUGGCCGCACUAAAGAGCAAACAGGAAGGAGACGCGGAACUCGCCAGCAAGUACUACCGUAUUGCCAAGUCUCUGGACCCCAUGCUGUCUGCGCUGGAUUCAGGACUGCCAAUAGACCUGAACAGUCUUCCUCCCCCACCAGCAGAUGAGCAGCCGCCCAGUAAGCCGUCGGUCCCGCAGUCUCCAGUGGUCGCAGAGUCUCCAGUCUCUGCAGGUCCUCCUCCACCUCCUAAGGACCUCCUAGAGGCUCUGCAGCAGCGGAUGGAAAGAUAUCGCAGCGCAGCUGAGCAGGCAAAAGGGAAGGGGGAUGAUCGGAAGGCGCGGAUGCACGAACGGAUUGUAAAGCAAUACCAAGAUGCCAUCCGUAGCCACAAGGCUGGGAAGCCAGUCAAUGUAUCAGAGCUACCGGUGCCACCAGGGUUUCCUCCAAUCGAGGGAUCGAACGCUGUACCUGCGGAGCAAAGUCUGGUAGGGGUGUUGGAGACGGCAAUGAAGCUGGCCAAUCAGCAGGAUGAAGAUGGUGAUGAUGACGAUGAUGAUGAUGACGAUGAGAAAGGGAAAGCCUCUUCCGUUGCACAGAAGCCUGUUCCUCGCCCGGGAGGAUUGUCACAACCGCAGCCAGCAGCGCCCAAGACCUCUCCUUCCAAAAGCCCCAAACCGUCUGGAAAAGCUGAGCAGCAGCUGCAAUUUCUGGAAGGAAGGAAGAAGCAGCUUAUGGCAGCUGCCCUCCGCUCCAAACAACACAAGGACAUAGAAGGGGCCAAGAUGUUCCUGCGCCAAGCCAAGGGCCUGGACCCCAUGCUGGAAGCAGCACGAGGUGGACUGCCUGUGGACAUCACCAAGGUACCCCCGGCCCCCACCAGCCAGGCCGAUUUCAGUCUGGACCCACAUAGGAAAGGUGGUGUCUCAGCCCAGAAUAGUGAGAAGUACAACAAGCUCAUUGAACAGCUCAAGAAACAGCAUGAGAUGUGUACAUCUUCCUCUCAGCAGUUCACUCACCUGGGAAACAUCACAGAGACAGCAAAGUAUGAGAAAUUAGCAGAAGAAUGCAUGAAAUAUAUAGAAAUUGUAAAGCAGGCACAUGCUCGGGGCCUACCAGUGCCUCAUUGUCACUAUGAGGAGCGAACAGUCAGCGUUGUCAAGAUUCUCCCAGACCUGACGACGUCGGAUCUUGUGCUUAACGUGUCCAAAGCUAUGAAUUUACCCAUACCUGCCGGAUCAUCGCAGAGUGAUAUGGACACCUUUGUGCGAUUUGAAUUUGCCUAUCCUAGUACGGAGGAAGCCCAGCGAGAUAAAACCAAUGUGAUAAAGGGGACCAACUCACCAGUGUUCAAGGAGAAGUUCAACCUCCAAAUUAAUCGCAAUCACCGAGGGUUGAAAAGGGCGAUCCAGGCAAAAGGGAUCAAAUUUGAAGUCAUCCAGAAAGGGGGGCUGUUUAAGUCCGAUCGUGUCCUGGGUACAGCGCAUCUAAAACUGGAAACUAUGGAGAACAGCUGUGAGAUCCGAGAUAUUCUCGAGGUGAUGGAUGGUCGCAAACCUUCAGGGGGAAAGCUGGAAGUGUGCGCUCAGAUUCGUGAACCCCUCACAUCUCAGCAACUGAGCAGCACCACAGAGAAGUGGCUGGUUGUGGAGCCCAUCUCUCUUCCUCCAGUGACUGUUCCAAAACCCAAACAGCCAGCACCAAAUAAGUCUGGAGGCAGUGGUUCCCUACCCAAUGCUCCAACUCUGCACAGCUUGAGCGUGUUGGCUUAUGAGAAAGAGAAACUGGAGAAGAAGAUUCAAGGCUACAGGCAGCAGCAUCGGAAUCCCCCAGAAGACCUGGUGGCUCUCUUAAAUGAUGUCAGUCAGAGGGGUCAGCAGCAAAUACAGCAGCUGCGCAAGGGAGGACCUGCACUUCAAGCUGAAUACAUUCGUCAGUUGGAACGGUACCUGCAGUUUUACUCUGACUCUGCUCGGCGUCUUGGUCAGGAAGGAAACCGGGACGGAGCCAAGGAGGCGUUGUUCAAGAGGAAUCUUGUAGGGAACGAGCUUCAGAAGAUGAGCAGAUGAAGGUCAUUCCAGAUGCUGGAUCCAUUGUUUACAUGCCCUUCUCCUAUAGAGACGGGGCCCAGUGCCUUAUCCCCUCCCUUACAUGUGUAACACCCUGCAUGG